AUGAGACGCCUGUUUCUGGCUCUUGCUGCCCUCAUGCUCCUGCCCCUGGUGAUCCCAGACUAUCGUGGCCGAAAAAAAUGCUUGAACAAAGGCGGGCGCUGCAAGAAACGCUGCAACUAUGGUGAAAUGAAGGCAGGCAAUUGUAAACACCGUGCAGUCUGCUGCGUUCCCAGCAAGCAAGACUCCAGACCACAAAAUCCAGUUCUUCAGACAACACCAACUUCCACACCCUAUUUUAAGGCAACAAAAAUUGUGGUUGUGGAUAAAACGAUAACGCCCCACUCAAUCUACUUUGAAGUAAACGCCAAGACUGAAAUGAUGAUGACUUCUGACCUUGAACUGGGAACUCGAAGCUCUCUCCCACAGGUCCAUCAAACCACAUGAAUUCCUUUCUGAUGUCACUCAUUCCUGUCCUCAGAGUGCUGAACUAAGUCCUAUAGAUUCACAAAGCACUGAAAAUAUCAUGGUGACCCAUCCGUAACUCCCACCAAUGUAUAAUUCUUAAUAAAGACAGCUGUACACAGAAGUCCAGACUUUUCCCACUAUUUCCAAUGAGGAACUCUUCAGUGCUUUUCUUGAAAUGUCAGAUUAUUUCAUGACAAGUUUUAACCCAUUUUUA